AUGCGCGCGCUCGCAUCUCCGUGUGCUAGAUGCGCGCUUCGUUGUGUUGUGUCGCGGAUGGCCGGCAGCAAACGGUCGGUAGCGGCUCGCGCGGGCGGCAAGAAGCCGGAGGGUGAGGCGUUCGACAUCCGGAAGGUUGCAGACCUCGCUCACAUGGACUUGACGGACAAGGAGGUUGAGGAAUGGACGCCCCAAAUUACUUCGAUCGUCGACUGGUUCGGAGAGCUGAGCGAAGUGGACACUUCCGGCGUGCCUCCGGCGCUGCGGGCGAGCGAGGGGAAGCACCGCCUGCGCCCGGACGAGCCCGUGGCGUACGAGGGGCGCGAAGAGGUGAUGAAGGCCGUGCCGAAGAUGGACGGCGACCUCGUGCGCGUGCCCAAGAUCGGCAGCGGUGCCGACUCCGUCGAGGGCUGA